AUGUCUGGACGGAUCGAUCAGUGGCGAAAUAGUGUGGAGCCGGGAGUUCCACAGUCUCCUGCUUUUGAAGAAAUCUCUCUUGACUCACCAAUUCUAGAGCAUGAUCAAGAGCUUUCGGCUGAAGAGUUCCCACAAAUAACUGGAGAUAUCUCGAACGCUGUAGUCUCUCUUUCCAACAUGCUUUCGCCCGCUGACAUACAGCUUCCAGCCUCGAGAAAAGCCACCAUCGACAGCAUGCAGAUCCCCAAUCCAGACAGUCUAUUACCACCUCUCGAGCAAUGUCCCUCAAUCUCACUCCGCGCACCAUCACCCGACUCAAAUGACAAAAGUUCCAGCAUAACAAUCGAAACCCAAGACGACAAACGCUCCAGUACCGUAGUCGAAACUCAAGAUGACCAAUCCUCAGAAUCCACCCUCCCCGACGAGCGCAUGGUCGAAAUCAAAGACCUCCUAGACACCAUGCUCCCUCCCACCGCAGCCCAAGCCCCAUGUCCUUAUCGUACGAGCCAACCCCUCCGCCGCGCGCCUCCCCUCCUCUCACUAACAAUCCCAGAAUACGAGAGCAGCCCAGGAGUCGCCUCCUCCCCCAACAAGACCAACAACCCGCGCUCCCCGCGCCUCCUCAACGGCUCCCCCUUCAACAUCCCCACCCCCACCGACCUCAAAGCCUCGGAGCGCAAUUUCGCCCACUCAGGCUUCUAUCCCGCGCCCCUGACCAUCGCGCCAAAACCCCUCCCCAGUUCCCUUCCAAUCAAAAACAUACGCACAUCCCGCCCCACCGUCCACACUCCACAAAGCCCAAACACCCUAGCUCCGGCCCGCCUUCUCGCUCUCGCCAACGCGAAAACGAACGCUGAACGCGACGCUCUCCGUCUCGCGAACGUCAAGGUGCCGAUAUUUCCGUAUCCGCAUCUCAGUACGGUUUGUGAAGUGGAAGGGUGUCCGGUGGGGGUGAUGGUGGGGAAGCAUGAGAAGGGCCCGUAUUUGCAUGGGGGGAAAUUGAAUGUGAGGGCGGAUGGGGGCGAGGUUUUUGGAGCUAGUAAUCCGCCCGAGAAUGUGUGGUUGGCUUGGGGGCGGGUGAGGUGGUUUGGCUAUGAGGGUGGGGAGGGUGCGGAGGAGGGGUUGAGGGAGAGGGAUAUCACUCUGGUUGAUGCGUUUGUUGGGGCGCAUUAUGGGUUUUGGUCGGAGACGGUCGCGGCGGAAGGCGCAGGGCAAGGGAGAAAGGAUGUGAGAGUGGGGUGA